AUGGACGCUAUCGCCCGUAUUCCUGAGCUGGAAGACGCCCGAUAUUACACCGAGGUCCUGCGCCUGCGUGCCAGCAAGUCGGAACUCCUGUAUGAUCGCGAGCUGUUAAAGAAAGCUCACGGUCUCGGCAUCAUGGCCACCUUGCCGUCCGUCGCAGAAGCAAAGCGUGUCACUUCGAGUGCCUCUGAUUCAACCGAGUCGACUUCACGAGAACAGACGUGUUCAACCAGCUCGGAAGCAUCUACCGCGUAUCUCACGCCUCACUCGUCUAUAUAUGGCGGAGUGAGUCCAAAACUUUCUUCCUUCGACAGCAGCAUCAACAAAUCUCACGGCAAGGCUUUGAAUUUCGCCUCAUACGACAAGUACAUUUCUCAAAUUGACACAGUUCACGAAGAGCUAAGACCCCGGAAGCCGAGCCUUGCUACCGAGUGCUCUGGCCAAAGCAUAUUCAGCAUUAGCACGAGGAAAAGCAUAUCAGGUGUUACUACAGGGUUUCGAAAUAAGAUGAGACUCAGGAAAAAGCCAACUCGACUGUUUGACACUCCGGUAUCCUGUUUCGCCUGUCAAGAAGCCUUCAGCAAGACCAGCGGAUUGAGACUAUUACCAUGUGGCCAUGCACAGUGCACGAAUUGCAUCAAGGACUUGUCUCUCGAUCACAAUGUUCAGGAAUCGUUCUUGAAGGCAGUUCAUCAGUACAGCACACCACCGGAAUCAAGGAUCUUUUGCUGCAAUACGUUGUGUGGAGAGUUCAUACCACCCCUGAAAAAGAUAGACCCCAAGUUGCCGUCUGCGGUUACUUGCCUGAAGUGCCAAACGAAAGUUUGUUUUACAUGUAAACAAGCUGCCCAUUCCAUCGGCACCCACUGCCCCGCAGAUUGGGAGCUCAUGGACGCACUCAAGAUUGGGGGACAGAGCAGCUGGCGCCGAUGCUACAGGUGCCGCAAGCUGGUAGAACUCUCAGAUGGUACUGGCCCGACGACAUGCGCUUGCAAGGCGCAGUUCUGCCAUGCUUGUGGAGGUGUCUGGGACACCACAGUUGGCUGUCCGAAUAUUUGUAAUGGAGAAGAGGGACUGGCCAAGAGGCGAAAGGAAGAGCAAGCGCAAGCAGCUGAGGCCGAGGCGACUCGAGAAGCUGAACGACAAGACUGCCGAGAACGAUCGGCGUCACAUCCCAGCAUGAUUGCAUUGAGAGCAUCGCAAGAACAAGAGAAACAGCGCAUGUUGAAAUUCCGAAUUUCUGCUGGGGAAUCCAUGAAAGCAAGACACACUGCGGAGGAGACGGCACUGACGAACCAGCAAGCCGAGGCCGAGGAACAGUUGUCCCUAAAACACUCCAAGGAAACGACUCAACUCGACGACCGUCAGAUUGCUGAAGAACUAGAGUUGCGGCAAUCGUUGGAACAAGCAGAGAAAAGCAUCCGAGUACGGAUAAAACACAUGGAAGCCUACUGUGAUGGCUUGGGGCAAACACCCAACGGAUCAGCUCUGCCACCAAGAGUCGUAACGGAGCAAAACCUUCGAGAUUUGGGCAACCAGUACAACUUGCGGGACGACAUGGAAAGACAGCACCAAUCCAAGAUUAACAUGAUGCGAGACCGCCAGGGGAAAAGAAUGGAGGAUCUUCUCGAGAAGCACGAAGCAGAUAUCGAGAUGCUAGCCGAAGAGCAUCGCAAGGCAAGAGAGGAUCUGGUUGACAGGCACGAACAAGAAGUGGGACAAUUUCAAAGCAUCUUCGACGCGCGGCAGAUUCGAAAUACGGCCAGGUGGACCUUGGCCAUCGAGGUGCUGUGCAAAGAAUUGCGGGAGCUAGACGGCUUGAACUACGCCGUGGUAGAUCCGCCAUCGUGGCCCAGGACGGCUGGUGCCGACGGUGGUGAGUCGUCGUGA